CCAGCCCCCGGAUUCCCUCCUUCCGUUUCCCAUUCCGCUCACCUUCCUUUCCCUCAUAGCUGCUGGUGGUUCCCGGAAGCGGACGACCCAUUCCGGAUUCCCCUCGCCGCCGCCGACCGGUAGUCCAACCCUGGCGCGCUCGCCCGCAAUGCCGGCCACCGACUCCUCCGCCUCGCCGGCGCACCACCACCACCACCACACCUCCUUCGGCCGCCACAUCCUCUCGCUCCGCCACCGCGACCACGGCCAGAUCCACUCCGCCCCGCCCACGCCAGACCACCCCCACGCCGCCGCCAACCCCAACCCCUCCCCCUCCCCCGCCGACCGCGAAGUCGACGCCUUUCAGCGCCACGCCGCCGAGCUGCUCCUCGACCUGCUCCCCUGCUCCCCCGACGCCGCCCCCGCCGACGCCAAGAACGCGCCGCCGGAGAUCCUCUCCAUCGCCUGGACCCAGCACCUGCUCGACUCCUUCCUCAUCUGCCUCGAGGAGUUCCGCUCCGCGCUCCUCGGCGGCGGCCCCGGGGCCCUCGCCAGGCCCCCGCUCGACCGCCUCGUCGCCGACUUCUUCGACCGCGCCGUCAAGGCGCUCGACCUCUGCAACGCGCUCCGCGACGGCCUCGACCUGCUCCGCCAGUGGCGCAAGCACCUCGCCAUCGCCGCCGCCGCGCUCGCCCCCCAGGGCGCCGCCUCCGACCCCGCCGCGCCGCUCGGGGAGGGCCAGAUCCGCCGCGCCCGCAAGGCGCUCACCGACCUCACCAUCCUCAUGCUCGACGACAAGGACGCCGGCGGCGGGGGGCAGCGCAACCGCUCCUUCGGCCGGGCGGGCAACGCCGGCAAGGACGCCGCCGGGCAGCAGAGCCGGGGGCACCACCGCCGCAGCAGCAGCGGCUCCGGCUCCGGCUCCGGCGGCUCCCACUUCAGGUCGCUGUCCUGGAGCGUGUCCCGCACCUGGUCCGCGUCCCGCCAGCUGCAGGCCAUCGGGGGCAACCUGCCGGUGCCCCGCGCCAGCGACGUCGCCGCCACGGGCGGCCUCGCCUCCGCCGUGUACACCAUGGGCGCCGUGCUCUUCGUGACCGCCUGGGCGCUCGUCGCCGCCAUCCCCUGCCAGGACCGCGGCCUCCAGGCGCACUUCGCCGUGCCCAGGAGCUUCCACUGGGCCGCCCCGGUCACCACGCUCUACGAGCGCGUCCUCGAGGAGUCCAAGAAGAAGGACCGCAAGCACUCGUGCGGGCUGCUCAAGGAGAUACACCUCAUCGAGCGGUGGUCGCGGCAGCUCAUGGAGAUCACCGACGCCGCGCAGUUCCCCCUGGACGAGGAGAAGGACGCCGAGGUGCGGGUGGCCGCGCAGGAGCUGGUGCAGGUGUGCGAGACACUCAAGGACGGGCUCGACCCGCUCGAGCGGCAGGUGCGCGAGAUGUUCCACCGCAUCGUGCGCACCAGGACGGAGAUCCUCGACUGCUUGAGUAGGCCCAACACCGCCGAGUAGGCGCACCGGCAUGGAUCAUCGUGGCAAUGCUGUUUGGUUGAACAUUGUGUGAUAUACUCAAAAUGCAGGUGGUAUGCUCCACCGAUGAUUGAUCGCCGGUUGAAAUCGAGGUAGCUCUCCUCUGCAUAAGUUAUACAUGUGUCUUGUUGCAUAGAGGCCGGCGUGGCCUUAUGAUAAAAUCGGAGUCGUUUAGUUGUAUUUGAUUUAUUCUUUGUUUGUAGCAGCUUGUGAAUCCUUCUCUUAUCUGGGCAGUGCUUGGUACUGACGGUCUAACACUAUUGUUUUAUUCUUGAAAUCUGGCUUGGUUUGGUUU